GAGAGAGAGAGAGAUCGAGGAAGCAAGGCAGGCAAGCAGGCAAGAGGCGGAGCUGAGAGGAAAGCCUGCGUUCCCCUGCGGAGGCCAGGUUACUAUCUACUUGGAAACUAAUAACUGAAGAAGGGCAGUUUUUGUGAUGCCAGGGGUGCUGUCCCGAGAGUAAAAAGAAAAAGAGGACCACUACUUGUUGCAAACUUGAAUGGUAUUGUAAAAGACUGGAGUUGUAAAGACAACAUUUUAUUUAUCAACUGUGGGAUUCCUGAACACUGAAACAUUGACUGAUACCAUCUUACAUAUUUGGAGCUUUGUGUCUUGCUCCUAACUUUGGUAUUUGCACUUUGAACUGUUAACAAAAUGAGUGAAUUCUGGUUGUGUUUCAACUGCUGUAUUGCAGAACAGCCUCAGCCGAAAAGACGGCGACGGAUUGAUCGGAGUAUGAUUGGUGAGCCAACAAACUUUGUUCACACAGCUCAUGUAGGCUCAGGAGACCUCUUUAGUGGAAUGAAUUCGGUGAGUUCAAUUCAGAACCAAAUGCAGUCCAAAGGAGGCUACGGAGGAGGCAUGUCUGCAAAUGUUCAAAUGCAGCUCGUAGAUACAAAAGCAGGAUAACUGUGGCAUGCAUUUCCAGCUCUUGUGAAUUUCUGUCCCUUCUUUCCUGUGUCCCUCUCUUUAUGCCUUGGUGACUGCUUCCUGUGCUCAUGACGAGAGAAGUUGAUGGCUCAUCAUCCACCCCUUGUGAUUACACCAUUGAAACAUUCCCAUUCUGCUUUUGAGGAUGAUAUUUUAUCAGACUGGUCUUGUUGUGCCUUUCCAGUGGCAAUCCUACAUCUUACUGCUACCAAAACAUCUGUGGAUUAUAGUAUUGGUUAAGUUGGGGUUUUUUUGGAUGGGGCUUUUCCCCAUUCACUGUCAGCAUUUUUAAAAAAAAAAACACGUUAAGCAAACUAAAUUCUCAACAUGUAGUUCAGUGUUGGGUUGAUUUGAGUUUUGUAUUUCCUCUGCAAGGCCCUUUUUGGGGGUGUUCUCAUCUGUUUGGAAUUUUUUUAUAGUCUUCAUUUCUUUUUCUGUAAUUGGAAGCAAGUUCCUAAUAAUAUGUUGAACCUGUUGUUGUUAAUAUAGAUAUUUUUAAAGGUCUGGGACCUGCAAGCACAAUGAUCAUUUCACACAGUCAGAAAUCAGCAAAGUAUAUGAGCGCAUGCUAUGUGAAUUUGCUUGGUAUGGUGGCCUGUUGGGUGCCAAAAAUUAUUUUAGGGUUUUUUUAAUGCUUGUUCUUGCAGACUGAUGAUACUAUUGCUUCUUACAAAGUUUUGCAGUAGCACCCAACCAUGCCAAUCUCUUACAGGUGGGUGGGGGAGGACUUGUAACUUUUAGCUGCUUUGGAAAAUACAUUGUCUUAGGGUUUUAAUCCAACUGGUCUUGAGAUAAUAAAGAGGAAGCUUGCAUUCAUAAGGCAUUUUGUUGUAAAUGUUCAGUAUAUUUAUUUUGAAAAAGCUGACCUCAAGAUUGUAAGCCCGUGUAGUAACGUACAAGCUAAAUGUUGUGGUGGCGCUUUUGUCUGGUUCAAGAGGCAUUGUUACGUUGACUGCUUUCCCCUAUUAUUUCUUCGACAUCCCCGUCUCCCUGGAGCUUGGAAAUUUUAGCAUUGGUGCUAAGGCGUUAAAGUUGCCAUUACAAUGAAAAUUAAUUUGUAGGCAUUAAAUUGUAUGAGUGAAGAACUUUGGCAUUAUUAUUGUGUAUUAUUUGAUAGAAUAAGGUCCUUUUAAUAUUUUUUUAAAAAAUUAAACCCCUAAAUUACCUUGCAGCAAUAGCAAAUUAAACUAACACAGACCAUUAAACACAGCAGAACUCAUUGGUGCCAUUGUGAUAACAAUUGAUACAAUUGUUAUUUUUUUUUUUGUAAAAUAGGGGUAACAAAUUAAUUUGAAAAAAAUUACUUCCAAGCUCGUGUUUCCUCCCUCCCCUCCUUCUUUAAAAAAGAAAACUUAAUUUUAGGCCAUUCUGGUAUUUCCAGUAGCAGCAUGUUGAACUGCCUGCAGUAUUAUAGCUGGAAUUUAGUUGACCUCUCAAGUAGUUGGCAGUUUCCUCGUACUAAAUAUUUAGGGGUCAUGUAAGUUGCUAGGAGCAACAUAGCAACCUGGCAGGAACUGAUGCCAGCAAAAAGAACAUACAGGGUGGCUUUUUGCUAUAGUGGUAAAUAAGCCGUUUGCUCAGGUUCCAAAGCAUGUUCCUCUUUCACAAGGUGUGAAAAUUGUGUUUUAAUAUUGCACUGUUUUGGAAAUAUUUCUGUAAGUGAUCCUUUUCCCUUCUUUUUUUUCCCUUUUACUUUUUGUCUUGUCCAUCCUCAUGUCCCUUUGGUCAUAAGAAACUGAAGUCAGUUGAUUGAACACUAGCAAAAGAUUUUUAUUAAAACAUACUUAGAAUCCUCCUCAUGCACAAUUCUUAACAUCUUAACUGGCAAAUGGGACAACUGAGCCUAAUUUGACAUAGUGGUUUACCUAAGUGGCAAGCACAUACACACACAGAGAAAGAGAGAUUUGGGCUGCAGAUAUUCAAAUAAUUUCAAUGGGGAUCAUGCAGAAACCACAUUUUGGCCUACAAAAUAAUUACACAGCAGCAUUGCUUUGUAGUUAAUCCCUGUUGGUAUUUCUCCACUCCCAUUCAUAUGUAAGGGGGCAAUAUCAACAUGAAGGAUCGAUCACAUGGACACCUUUUAAAAACAAACAACCCAAAGCCUUGGCCAGCAUUCUUCAAACAAUAACAGAGUGAAAUCCUUAUCCAAGAUCUCUGAUAAGAGAAUAAGCAAUAGCUGAGCAUAUAUAUGCCAACUGUUGUCCUGUAUCUGUGGCCUGAGUUCAAAAGACUUCCCUGAUGCUCACUGAGGGUCUGGAAACAGAGAGUGAGAAGGUUGUUGGGUAAAUACUGGUUCAGGUAGGCCAGUCAGAUAUUUUCACUGACUGAAACUAUCUCCCAUUGUUUGCUCCAGAUAUAUGGACAUCCUUGCAAAAACGAUCAUGGUCAAGAUUUCAAAUGUUUUUCUUCAAAGGCUCUUCAGAAUCCUCUAGGAUUUGGUACUAUUUUUGACAUACACACACACACACACAAAACAAAUUUAGGAAUUGUAUUGGAGAACUCCCACCCCAAACAAAACAAAAUAACCCUCAGCUCAGUCGCCAGAAAAGAGAGACAUAUUUUUAUAACAAACAUACAUUUUUUGUACAUUAUGUUCAUUCUUAAAUGAUGUAAGUUCAAUGUUGUCUUGUAGAUAUUAAAAGGAGAGUAUUGACUUUUGAUUCAAUAAAUGUUUUCUUUCA